GAGCAGAAGGAAGAUGACGACCUGUCAAAAGCAGAUGAUGCUAUUCAUGAUUCUGAGCUUUUACCAAAGGAGAGUUCUGCACCACUUCCUCUUUCUGUUAGAAGAGCAAAGCAGUUGAUUUCGCUGUAUACCAUGGCACAAAAUCCAAACAUGACCCAUUUGAAGAUAAGCAAAGCGGUUGUGCUUCCUCCCCUCUGGAUACGAUGUGACAGCUCUGACCCCAAACAUACUUGUUGGCUUGGGGCAGAGCCUCUCAAAACUGGAGACAAAGUCACAGGAAUCUCUUUGCACACAGUUACAUGCCAUGGUCCUACUGCUGAUAAAACCUGUUUUGGUGAUCUUGCAAAGCUCAAAAUGGCACACAAAACCAGACAUCACUCAUCUGUGGUGAUGACAAAAGGUUUUGCUCAAUAUGAACUUUUUAGAACUGCUGCAAUAGAGGACACGCUGGCUGAAUCUAAAAGCAACAUAUAUAUUGAUCUUGCAUGGAAUACUGUGGACAAGAUUCUGCAGACUCCCCCUCUCACUUCAACUGCCACAUUGAAUAUUACGCUGGAGUGUGGGGACCCCAGAAGUCCUGUGUAUCAGCUAUAUACAGAACUCCAGUUUCUUCUUGCUUUGGCAGAAGGUUUGAAGACGGGGGUGACUGAGUGGCCUGAGCCCUUAGAAUCUGAAUCAGCAGUUGAGCUUGUCCGGGAGUUUCUGACUGAUUUAAAAAUGAAACUGGAUGGGUUCUGCACAUCAGGAAACAAGAACGAAGCAGAGAAAAUUAAAUGUGAUACUGCAGCAGUGGACAGUUCAAUAAAAUCAAUCUUCAGUGAGCGAGGAGACCUGGAUUUUGCUGAGCAAUUAUGGUGCAAAAUGAGAAGCAUCAGUUCUUAUCAAGAAUUGGUAGAAUGUUUCACAUUGGUGAUAAGAUCCCUGGAACAUGACGAGAUACAGCCAUGGAUUCAUCAAGGGAGUAGCAGUUUGCUAAGUAAAUUGAUUCAACAGUCUUAUCAUGGAAAGAUAGAUGGAGUUUCCCUCACUGGUGUCACUCCAAUUCAAAUGCUCUUGGAGAUUGGUUUGGAUAAGAUGAAGAAGGAUUAUGUCAGUUUUUUCAUAGGUCAGGAACUUGCAACCCUAAACUCCUUGGAUUACUUCAUUUCCACAUCACUAGAUCUACAAGAGCAAGUUCAUCGUGUUCAAAAACUUCACCAUAUGCUGGAAAUAAUGGUCAGCUGUACAGUCUUACUACAGUUUAAGCAUGAUAACCUCUUCCCUUUGACGCAAACGUGCAUCAAGUAUUAUAAGGAAAACCCUCUAAAUGAGAAGCAUGCCUUUCAGCUGCCGAUCAGACCAGCCCUCGUCAAGAAGUUCUAUCAGAAUGACCACCCAGAAGUAUGGAAGGUGGACAUAAGUAGUGGACAUGGACAGAAGGAAGUUAAAACAACAUGGCAAGUUAGUACUAAUCCCCCGGCUGAACAUAUGACAUCCAACAAUAUAGGUCUUCUGUGUGAGUCCACAGUUAACGGAGAGAGUGAAGAAAGAACGUAUUUUGUUACAACGGCUAAAUGCAGUCAGGUGCAUUUCACAUAAAUGCAUAUUGCUCUACAGACAGGCAUU